CAUGAGCAGUGAUUUGUUUGUAUUUGGGGAGGGGAAGAUUCUACAGCCGUGGGAGCAUAGCUAGGAGUCAGACCUCUGGAGCAGUUGGUACAAGCUGAGCAGGGCAGCAACACUCAGCUCCCAUUUGAAAGAGUUCAGGACGAACUUGGAGCCUAUUAAAUGUAGACAGCGGAGACUGGAUUUUUCUUGCUGGGCUGACGCUUCCCAGGCAGCUCCGUCCGGCUCUGCCCUCCAGGUCUUGUUGGCAGUGGGGCGGGGAGAAGGGAGGAGCCGCUGGCGGAGGAUCCGGCCGAGUUUCCUGGAGGGGGAGCUUUAGCGCCCGUUCUCGGGUAGUUGUGCUGCUCCCAGGUUUGUGAAACUUUGCAAAGUUUCCAGGCCGCCCGCGGCCAGGAGCGCCCCCAGCGCGGCAUGGUGGGGCUGGCCGGCCGCGGCAAGUGGUGGGGCAGGCGGGGCCGGGCCCCCCGGGGAGCAGGGGCGUUGCUGGCCCUGGGGCUGCUGGCGGCACUGGGUUUCCUGGUGUGGCGGCGCGUCCCCCCGGAGAUCGAUGCUGCGCGUCCUGCCCGCGGGGCCCCCCAGCCGCCACUGCCCGAGGACCCCGAGCGCCUGCGGAGACCCGUGUACGAGAAGCCGCCCCUGGAGCCUGGGGCGCUGGGCGAGCUGGGCCAGGCUGUGCGGCUGGAGCUGAGCCCGGCCGAGAAGAACCGCCAGGAGGAGAGUAUCCGGCAUCACCAGAUCAACAUCUACCUGAGCGACCGCAUCUCCCUGCACCGCCGCCUGCCCGAGCGCUGGAACCCGCUGUGCAAAGAGAAGAAAUACGAUUAUCAUAACCUUCCAAAAACCUCAGUUGUAAUAGCUUUUUAUAAUGAGGCUUGGUCAACACUUUUGCGAACAGUACAUAGUGUUCUUGAGACAUCCCCAGAUAUUCUGCUGGAAGAAGUUAUCCUGGUGGAUGAUUAUAGUGACAAGGACCAUUUAAAGAAACCUUUGGAAAACUAUGUGGCUGGUUUACGCAAGGUACGUCUUAUUCGUGCAAAUAAAAGAGAAGGACUGGUUCGAGCUCGACUUCUGGGAGCUUCUCUUGCGAAAGGCGAUGUUUUGACAUUUCUUGAUUGCCACUGUGAGUGUCAUGAAGGGUGGCUUGAACCACUAUUGGAAAGAAUUGGGGAAGAUGAGUCAGCAGUUGUGUGUCCUGUGAUCGAUGUGAUUGAAUGGAAUACAUUUGAGUACUUGGGAAAUGCUGGGGAACCACAGAUUGGUGGGUUUGACUGGAGACUCGUUUUCACUUGGCAUGUUAUCCCAGAGAGGGAGCAAAAACGAAGACAGUCCAAAACUGAUGUAAUCAGGUCUCCAACUAUGGCUGGUGGAUUGUUUGCUGUCAGCAAGAAAUAUUUUGACUAUCUUGGCUCCUAUGACACAGGAAUGGAAGUAUGGGGAGGAGAAAACCUUGAAUUCUCAUUUAGGAUCUGGCAGUGUGGAGGAAGUCUUGAGAUCCACCCAUGUUCUCAUGUAGGUCACAUUUUCCCCAAACAAGCUCCCUACUCACGCGCCAAGGCCCUGGCUAACAGUGUACGUGCAGCAGAAGUUUGGAUGGAUGAAUAUAAGGAGCUUUAUUACCACCGAAAUCCACAUGCACGUAUGGAGCCCUAUGGAGAUGUGACAGAAAGGAGGCUGCUUCGAGAGAAGCUCAGAUGUAAAGACUUUAGAUGGUUCUUGGAGAAUAUUUACCCUGAACUUCAUGUACCUGAAGACAGAGCUGGCUUCUUUGGAAUGCUGAAAAAUAAAGGAAUGGCAAAUUACUGCUUUGAUUAUAAUCCUCCAAAUGAACAUGAAGUAACAGGGCACAGAAUCAUAUUAUAUCCAUGCCAUGGCAUGGGACAAAAUCAGUUUUUCGAAUAUACAUCUCAGAAUGAAAUACGUUACAACACCCGGAAGCCUGAAGCCUGUGCAGCCGUUGAUUCUGGGACUGACUAUUUGACAAUGUACUUGUGUCAAGACAAUGUUCAAAAUAUUCCUGAAAAUCAGAAAUUUGUUUUCAGAGAGGAUGGUACUUUGUUCCAUGUACAAACCCAGAAGUGCCUACAAGCCGAGUCUAACUCUUAUAAUGGCAAUCCAGCGCCGUUAUUGCGACCAUGUAGCAAUUCAGAAUACCAAAAAUGGUUCUUCAAAGAAAGAAGUUGAUCCAGACGUCAUCAACUGUAUGGCUGAAUAUGAAAAUAUUAUCUUUCUAGUCAGCAGCUAGGAAAUCCAUGGAAGAAUUACAUAGCUGAUCUAUUUUUGUAUGAAAAAAGUUGUAACUUGUUUACAAGUUGUAAACCUUGUUUUCUGGAGCACUAAAAGGCAUUAAGUGUUGAACUCUAUUGAACGGGCACUGUGAAUAUACUGUGCUGCAGAAAUCUCCUCUUCCACUGUUCUCUUUACUUGGCAGCUAUUCUGUUUUUUUAAAAUGUUUUAUGCUUUUUCACACAUGAUUAUAUUUUUUUAACCUACUGUGUGCAAGUGAGGAAGUGAAAGUAAUUGCACUAAAGCUAUCUGCCAGUAACUUUAAAAUGUUUAUUUUUCUAAAACAUUCUACAGUGGUGGCUUUUUAACAGAUAUUAGCUAAGGAUUCUUCUUUUAAAUUCCAGAAAUGUAAACUUAGGUCAAAUUCUGCCCUGAGAUGUGAAAGUCAAGCAGAGCUCUCACUGAAAUCAGUGUGGAGUGGCAUGUCUACAUCUCAAGCCAGACUAGGUCCUAAUCAUCUUGCACAAAUAACACUCCAGAUUGCACAUAUUUUACUGAAUGUUAUAACAUUUAAAAGUUCAUGGUACUUGACAGAUUCCUAAUAAAGCUGCUUAAGGUUAUCUUUGGAGUAAAAAUAGUGAUUAUUUACUGAUCUUUUGUUAGUGUAAGAAAUAAAGCACCAAUAUUAAAAAUGACUGUGGGAAGAAUUAAAUUCAUAUCGGGCCCAGUCUUAGAAGUGUGCAGUAUGUACUUCAAAUGGAAGUUCUGCAUGAGUAAAUCAUUCAGAAUCUGACUCAUAGACACUAAAGCUUUAAUUCAAAGUUCAGUUUUUAAGCAAAUACAUUUAAAAAUGGGUAACUUUAGUUUCAUUGCUACUGUUAAUGCACUCCUUUUUUACAAAGAUCAUUGAAACAAAAAUUAUUUUGUAAUAAAUUUAAGUGAUAAGUUUUGUAAUUGAUGCUAAUCUAAACAUUUGUCUUCAUGAUUGUAAUUGUUUUCUAAGAAUUUUGAUUAUGAAUAACAAGCUGUUCAGUUCAUCAUGUACAUUCCUGCUGAAGUCUGAAUAUUUGAUUAGCGUCUAUACAAGAAGUUGUUUGCUUAGAGCAUAAGAAUUGCCAUACUAAAUCAGACAAGUUAUCGUAGUCCAGUAGUUUGUCUUUGACAGUGGUCAGCAACAGAUGCCUCAGCCCAUAGAGCAAGUUUCUUAUCGCUGUCAGAGGUCCACUUAUGUGCUAAAACAUGAGUGUUUAUUUCUCUUCCAAAAUACUUAAAUUUAUUCUUUUAUCCUUACUUUUGUAAUUAUGGAUGUUCUUGUUAUCCAUGUAAACAUCCAUACCUUUUCUGAAUCCUGGUGAACUCAUGUCAUAUUUGCAUACUUAUUUCAUGAUUGUUGGGGACUCUGUGCCUUUAGAGAAUAUGUAUGUAGGUUCUUCCAAGAUUGUUGCAAAACUAAUGUUUUUAUAAGCACCUUUUACCAUUCUGUCUCUGUGGAUUUGGUUGAUGAAACUGAUAUUGGAUCUAAUAAAAUAAUUUGUGAACUGAUA